CGGGCCCACACCACACCACGAAGCAAAAGAUCCGAUAAAACCACCCCCGGCUGCUCUCGUCCCACCCCCGCCGGGAAUUAAAGGAUCGUGCCGGAAUGGCUUCUGGCCACCACACCUGCAUCUGCCGUUCCUCCACCGCCGCCGCAGCCCCCACCCCAUGUUUUUGCUACUCCAUACACCCCGCCACCCACUAUCACCCUCCGCCGCCAGACCCACAUUCCCAGCUUCCAUGCUUUCCAGACCACCAACACCAUCCCCACUUGUUCCAUCCUUGCCCAAAUUCGCCCUAUAGCUCCCAAACCCUCCACCACCACCACCAGAACCAACGCUGCCCGCCUCAGCCUUUCCUUCAAGAGCUCCACCAUCACUGCCAAACGCAGCAGGAAUUGAACCCCCAACCCAUCGUUUCUUCCCUCCUCCGCCGCAUCGCCACUCUGGAGUCUUCCCUCCGCCGCCGAUCCGUCUCUUCUCACUCCCUCCGCGAUACAGCUGCUCGUACCAUCCAGGCUCAAUUCAGAGCCUUCCUUGUUCGUAGAUCGAGAACCCUACGUCAGCUCAAACAGCUCGCUUCUAUCAAGUUAGCCUUCAACGUCCUCAAAUCGUCGGCUUCCGAUAGUAAUCCCCAGGCAGUAAUUCUCAAGGCCAAUCGCCUUCUUCUUAAACUUGAUUCCAUCCAGGGAAGUGAUCCAAUGAUCCGAGAUGGUAAAAAGUCUAUUAGCCGAGAAUUGGUUAAGUUAAUAGAGCUAAUUGAUGGGAUAUCUGUAGAAAAGUAUGGCCAUCCAAAUAGAGUACUCAAGAAUGUUAAGCGUGGCAGUAGUAAUAACAGGUCUAAGUUUCACAUUCUUCAUGAAAUGGAGAAAAUGGAGAGUAUUAUCAAUAAAUAUAUUGACUUGAGGAAAUCUGUAGAAGAAGAGGAUGAUGAAUUUGAAACCCCCAGAAUUUCAGUCAUUAAGAAGUCGGGGAUUCUGCAAACUGGAAAAAGGGAUGGGGAGUUUCAAUCCAAAGCAAACAAAGUUGUGACUUUUGCGGAUGAUGGUCAUAAUUUAAGAAUCCUCAAACCAUCUAUUUCCAGUGAAGACUCGUAUAGAAUGGUUGAUGCGAACGAAGAGCUUGUCGGGAAUCUCUGCAGGAGGGUUGAAGAUCUUGGUGUGGCAUUGAAAGAGGUUGAUGAUGGUGAAGCUCAAGAAAGCAGUGAUAGUGGAAAAGAAGAUGGUUGAUCAUGAUGGAAAGGGGAGUUUCUUCUUCUCCCCGCCGUUACCUGUGAAGAUGGAAGGAAGGGUUGACUCUGCAGAUUAACUGUUUUUCACACUGCAUACCACAUUGGAGUUUGAGUGCUUGUUUUUUGUAAUAUUGAGACUUAUCUGUUGCUACUUAGUCUGUGAUAGUGGUAGAUGAAGUUGGAAGAGCUUGAUGGAGAUGCCACUUUAAAUUUGUUGUAAUGAGACAUUGUUUCUUUAUUGUGGUUUUGAGAAUGUAUUCCCCUGGUAGUAGAUGCACUGGGGUAAAGAUGAUGAUGAUUCCGCUGGUAGUAGAUACAGGAUGGAAACUCCUGCUCAGUCUAGU